GACAAGUGAGCACGGAUUAUUUAUCGCCAUUAGGAGGAAGCUAAAGAAAUUAAACAAUUUCCCAUAGGCGCGGCCGGCGCAGGGCACACUCGCCGUCGCCAUCGCCAUGCCUGCCUCUAUCCGCUAUUCCUUUUCUUCUUCCUCCUCCUCCUCGUCGUCCUCCUCUUUAAUUAUCCGAGGAGAGCAGAGCAGGAUGGAUGGUUAGUGGAUAACACAACAAAUUUGGUUCCAGACAGUCGAGGAGGCGAAGCGGCCAGGCCGAGGAAUUCGACCUAGCUCCAGCGCAGAAGAGGGGCGCGCUGGAGUGAGAUGCUGGAGCAAUGUCAUCGGCGGCGGAUUCCAAGGGCGGCAUGGGCGGCAUGAACAUGGUGACCACGGUGAUGGCCUUCUCGGUCAGCGCCUUCUUCGUGCUCUUCGUCUUCACCAGGCUGCUCUGCGCGCGCCUCCACCUAUCCAGGGCCGCCGCCGCCGACCGCGCCGCCGGAGACGCCUUCGUCGUCAACGUCGAGCGCGGGAUCCACGGGCUGCAGCCCUCCGUGGUGACGACCUUCCCGACCGUCAAGCUCAGCGACGGCGGCCCGCAGCGACCGCCGGUGCCGGAGGAGUCGCAGUGCACGGUGUGCCUGGAGGAGUACGAGGCCAAGGACGUGGUGCGCGUGCUGCCGACCUGCGGCCACGCCUUCCACGCGCCCUGCAUCGACGCCUGGCUCCGGCAGCACCCCACCUGCCCCGUCUGCCGCGCCUCCCUGCGCGCCAAGCAGAGCAGCGGCAACCGCGCCACGCCGCUCGACUACAGCGUCCUCGUCGCCAGCGCCGCCGCCACGAGGGCGGCACCGGCGGCCUCCACCACCCAGGUCCCCGCGUCGUCGUCCGACAUCACAGCCGCGUCCCCGCAAGCGGACGGCAGGCACCGGACGGACACGGGGACGGAUGGCCGGCUGGAGAUUGUCAUUGAAGAGCCCGCCUCCCCCGGCGACCAGAGCCCUGCUGCUGCUGUUACUGGCGGCGGCGGUAGCCAUUCUCCUUGUGGCGAGGCGGCGAGGCAGAGCGGGAGCGGCGCCGGAGCGUCGGAGCAUUGCUAGGUAGUAUUGCACGCUGGCACACGUUUUGUUUACAUGGAAUGGAACGGAACAGCGUGAGAAAUGAGAUCGCGACGUGUUUAGGGGAUAGUCUUGGGAAUUCAAUCUGGUUUUACACAGGCUUCAUUUCUGAUUUCCUGAAGCUCAUUGUCCAUAGAGCUUGCUUGUACAGUCAUAGUUGAAUUGAUCGAUGCACUUGUUCUUACGUGAUCAAUAAAUAGCCUGAAAGCCA